AUGAGUAUUGCAGCUCAUAGUAGAAGUAAUGUUCCUUGCCAUCUGAUCGAUAAGGGUGUGAGUACCGGUAACAUAACUCAAAAUCUUCCUACACCUCGACGUGGCAAGAAGGUAUACCCAAUGGUACUGAGGAGGAAAGCAAAGUACAGCUCGUGCCAAUCCGUGGGAGUAGGAAAGAAGACACAUUUGUGCAUCAUAGCAAAGAGCAAGAGUAAGAUGAAGAUGAAGAUGAAGAUGAAGAUGAAGAUGAAGAUGAAGAUGAAGAUGAAGAUGAAGAUGAAGAUGAAGAUGAAGAUGAAGAUGAAGAUGAAGAUGAAGAACUUCUACUGUGACACAUCCUUGAUGCUAAAUUUUGGAUACUGUGCGGCAGAUGUUAAUGAGGAGUUCUUUACUCGCAUCAACCGCGAUCUUCUGUAUUGA